AUGAUGGAUACCUGGAGCGACGAAUUCAUCCCAUCCGAGCUACGGGAUAAUAUUAUCCCACUUCACGAGCCAGACCACCGUGAACGUGAGGGAUACACUGUCAAUCUGGCGCAGGGUAAUUUUGAGAAUGAUCUCCAAGCAGCACAGCACGAAGCCACACAUAAUCAAAGUUUGGACCCUGAUAGUGCUACACACUUCCUAAGUGGCUCCGUUUCCACAGACAUCAACGGUGAACGACAGAACCCUGACGUACGUAUGCUGGACACUUUAUUUGAUGUGGUCACCAAUAAUUCACGCACAUCCGGACAAUGCGACAUAGACAGUCCCGACGAUACUUACAGCCGCUCCAUUGCCGACCAACGGAUGCCAGCAAUUUCUUAUACAACCCGUGCUCGGGUCGCAUUAAUGGAUCCGUGGUCGGAUGCUCAUUACUUUACUGCCGCCUUCCCCACCCUGUUUCCGGAGGGGGUCGGCGGCCAUUUAGAUGAGCGUGCUAUCCCGGUGUCUCUGGGCUCUCUUGCUGAGUUUGCCCUCCACAAGACUUUUAUGUAUCUACUAUUCGACAACUUGCAGCUUCGGAGAUCGUCCUUAGGCAAUGCGUUCCUGGUUAAACGGCGACAUUGGAGCUCUGCUGCACAUGACAUCGCCUCCUUGACCGUGGACCAGCUGCGAAAGGCCGCAGACGCCAUAUCUUCUGGCCAAAAAGUCGAUGACCCAGUUAUUCGGCGCCUUCAACAACACAUUCUAACUAUUGGUAUGCAUGUUCCUGGAUCUUUCUCCCAGAAACUGAGGAUGCGCUCUGAGAUCCGAGGCUUGAUUAUUCGGUAUGGAAUGCCUGCCUUCUGGAUUACCAUUAACCCCUCGGACUUACGGAAUCCCCUUGUCCUAAGUCUGGCGGGCGUAGAAUUCCCUGGAGCUAUCCCGGCAGGAACUCACACCGCGAUCCGUGACACUGUCGCCACUAGUAACCCGGUCGUGGUUGCUGAGUUCUUUCAUUGCAUUUGUAAAGCAGUCUUACGGGGCCUACUUGCCACUGGGACUGGCCAAGUCGGCAUCCUUGGCGAUCUGUCAAAUCAUUAUGGAGUUGUGGAAACCAACGGCCGAGGUAUGCUGCAUAUGCAUGCCCUUCUGUGGCUCAGAGGUAAUCUUGCCUUUACCGCUUUAAGGAAUCGCCUUGUUACCGAUAUUGAGUUUGCCACUCGCAUGAUCCGCUACCUCGAAGCGACUAUCGUCCAAGGAAUCGACGAGACUAUUCCGCAUGACCCGGAUAUACCCCUUCCUAGCAAACCACCAUCGGCAAAGGAGCGGGAAACCGACGCUGAUUUCUUCCUCAGAUUGUCGAACGACAGCAACUCCGUAGCACAAAAAACCCAGAUACAUUCCAAAUAUCACCAUUCAACCUGCUUCAAAUACCGCCAGCGUGGUUCGGGCAAAGAUGCUUGUCGGUUCGGCAUGCCCCGCGAUCUGAUCCCCAUGUCCAAGGUAGAUGACUUUGGCUUGAUCCACCUCGCACGCAAUCAUCCCUGGAUUAAUCCGUGGAACCCCACCAUUGCUAGCUGUGUCCGCUCUAACCACGACAUCUCUUGGAUCCCGACAGUGUCCAAGCCCUUGUCUUUGAUCUAUUACAUCACCAAUUAUACCACGAAGGACGACGUUUCACCAUGGCAGAUUGUGGCAAAAGCAGCCCUGUUGAAACAACGAAUUGACAGAGCACACGCAACCGAAUCUCCAACAACAACCGAUCUGCGGCUUCGACAGCAGGGCUUGGACAAAUUUGCACUUCGCUGCUUCAAUACCCUUGCACAUGAUCGGGAGAUCAGCGGCGUCCAGGUGGCAAGCAUUUUGCUCAACCUACCAACUUACUACACAGUUAGCUACAACUUCAACCGCAUCAAUCUAUGGUGGCUUAGACGGUAUGUGCGUCAGAUCAUUGAACCUACUAAUGUCGAUAACGGUGAAUCAUCCAGUCCUAUGGACGAAGAACCCUGCGCAUAUGAAGCUGGCAGAACUGCUCCAAUCAGCAUAUUUGAUAACUAUAAAUGGCGUAGGCCAUAUCUUGCUUGCCUCACACUCUUCGAAUAUUGUAUGCUCGUACGACCCAGGCAUGUCCGAGAUGCGAUUGUAGACGACCUCUGCUUUGACCUGCCACACCCUCAAAGCAAGACUCAUAUGCAACGCCUGGCUCGCGACUCAUCACAGGUCGCCACUGUCAACUUUAACGGGCAGCUAACUGAGUUUCAAGCCUCAGAGGAUGCCGUCCCUGGAGGCCAUCCGAAAAUGGUCGCAAGUAUGAAUGACCUGGCGGAGAUAUUACUCGGGUUAUUUGUUCCUUGGGAUCGGUUACCCGUACUUUUCCAGGAACAUGCCGUUGCCGUAGAGCCGAAACGGAAUGCUUGCUCUCAAAUAUGGGCUAUCGUUGAGCCCACCCUCCAGCCCUAUAACCGAACCUUUGCGGGGAAUAUUGAACUGCUGCGAAAGUCCAAAGAAGACGGCGAGGCUGAUGCGAAGCUUCGACAAGUACCGAUUGGAGUUGACUCUAUAUUCGACCGCGAUCUUGAUGAGCUUGGAACAAGUAACUUUGACUCUGAUGCUGACGAAACCAUCGACAAUCUGGAUGAAAGUGUGGAUGUCGAGACUCUAAUCGCCGCCUAUCACUCCGUCACAAAGACUUGGGACCAUGAAAUUCUCAUCACUGAGCGACGUGUCCCUUCUUUGGUACACACGAUCACUCGGAAUCGAGGUACACUGCUACAAAACCUUCUACCACUCAAUCUCUUUGACAUCACUGUGUCUGGGACCUCUGGUCUCAGUUUCUUUUCGUCGUCCACGUUGCAGCAAUGGGAAUCUCGACUCAAAGAACUUGCCAAACUUGGUGAACUUGCUCCAGUGCAUAACGAUGCAAUAGGGUCAGCGUAUAAUAUAGAUGACUUCACUUUAAAUGUAAAUGAUGGCAUCUUGGAGCCUACGCUCAAUGAGCCGAUCGCGAUUCCUAUCCUACUGGACCAGCGGUCAGUUGUUGACACUUCGAACCCUGCCUCUUUAACUUUGCUCGUCAGCGAGUUUAUUCCGUUAAACACCAAACAGCGUCUCGUCGUUGAAAAGGUGCUAAGCGGGGCAUUAGGCUGGGCGAACCAUCCUUACGAUCCUUCGAAGCGAGAUCAGACUCUCCUUUAUAUCAGGGGUGAAGGGGGUGUGGGCAAGAGUCAAAUCGUCAAAGCCAUUUUGACCGGGAUGGAUCUAAUUCGCCGCAAAGAAGAGGUGAUCGUGAUGGCCCCCACUGGUGCUGCAGCGGACAACAUUGGUGGUAACACUGUUAUUAACAAACACUGCAAAAUGGCGCGAUCCCUCGAUCAACGUUCGCCCGACUUAUUCGGCGGUUUACCUAUAGUCAUUCUCAUGGGUGACUUUUUCCAGUUUCCACCUGUUCGAGGCCCUGCAUUGUGGAAGGAACCAAGAAGGGAGAAUGCUACGGACGAGAACGGUCGACUCAUAUGGCAUCAAUUCAGAGAUGUGAUUGUCUUGGACGAGCAGAUGAGGCAAUCUGCGGACCCCUCAUUUCGAUGCCUCCUCUCCCGUGCAAGGACAUCGACUUUAUCCGAAGGCGACCUACGCCUGCUAAACUCUAAGGUCGUCACCUCCUUGGUGGACCCUCAGCUGGACGCUGCGACGACAGUGGUAAAGCUCAAUUCCCUUCGUCACCAGAUCAAUCGUAUUAGGAUGGAACACUUUGCCAAGGCUCGCUGCCAGAAGAUCUACGCCUUCCCUGCUCAUCACACACGAACCAAGUCCACUGAUCCAACCAACCCUCGCUUGCGUGUCGACGACUUGCUCCGACAACCGGAUCAAGGCACUAUGAUCCCCUUCCCGGGAAUAUUUCUGUACACACGGAAUAUGCCUUCAGUCAUAUUAUCAAAUAUUUGUACUCGGUUGGGACAAGUCAAUGGGGCGACCGCCGAGUUCUUUAACAUUGACGAUCUGUAUUUCCUCUGCACUAAACCUCCUGCGUGUGUUUUAUUUGAACAGGGCAAAUCAAGCACGUUAGGUUUCGAAGGUCUUGCGCCUGCUAUCGUUCCUGUCUUCCCCCUAGAAAGAUCAAUCACUCUGCAGGGUUACUCUGUCCGCAGGAGACAAGUCCCUAUGUGCCCGGCGUUCUGCCUCACAGACUACAAAGUUCAGGGUUCAACACUUAACGCCGCGAUUCUGGAUCUUAGAGAUGACCCAACGAUACGCGGUCGAGACCGCCACCAAAAGUUCUGCUCAACUUACGUACAAUUGUCCAGAUUACGAACGUCCGAAGGCCUCCAUCUUCUGCAGGAAAUCGAAAUGAAGGACCUCCAAUUCGAACCUGAUCCCCGCAUUCUCGCAGAAAUGCAAAGGCUUCAGGACCUGGAGAAAGUGACUUUAGGUGUUUGGAAGCAUUCAACUUAA